GCUGUUCACGGGUGCCGAGCACUUCCUUCGAGGGGAGGAAGGGAGACCGUGAAAUGAGGGUGCGGGCCGGGCGGGAGCGCGGGCGCCAUGGCAUCGCUGUUCCCGGCUAAAGGCGUGAGGAGAACGGACAGAGGCGACGACUGCAGCUCCGGAGAAGAGGAGCGGGCCGCCGCUGCCGUGAUGGUGGUGGGCGGGCUGGGGGAGUCUCCAGGCCCGGGUUCGGAGUCGGAGAGCCGCUCGUCCUCCCCGCUGAACCUGACGGAGCAGUUCGAGAGGGCGGCGCAGCGCGUCCCGACGCUGGUGGCUGCGGCCAGCAAGGAGCAGCUCCUCUACUUGUACGCGCGCUAUAAGCAGGUCAAAUGCGGUAGCUGCAACAUUCCCAAACCUGGAUUUUUUGAUUUUGAAGGAAAGCAGAAAUGGGAAGCUUGGAAAGCAUUGGGUGAGACAAGUCUUGAGCAGGCAAUGAGAGAGUACAUUGAUACUGUGAAAAAACUGGACCCUACUUGGAAUCCACAGAUAUCAGAAAAGAAAGGAAAAGAAGGAAAAGCUGUAUUUGGAGGUCCAGUUGUCAGCUCACUGUAUCAAGAAGAAACCAUCAGGGAGGAAGAUAAGAACAUAUUUGACUAUUGCAGAGAAAACAACAUUGACCAUGUAACCAAAGCCAUCCGAUCAAAAAAAGUCGACGUGAAUGCGAAAGAUGAGAAGGGAAGAGCUUUGCUGCACUGGGCAUGUGAUAGAGGACAUAAAGAACUUGCUACAGUACUUCUCCAAUACACUGCUGAUGUUAAUAGCCAGGAUGAUGAAGGUCAAACAGCAUUGCAUUAUGCCUCUACCUGUGAAUUUUCUGAUAUUGUGGAACUGUUGCUGCAAUCUGGAGCUGACCCUACUCUUCGGGAUACAGAAGGAUACUUGCCUGAGGAGGUGACAGACUGUAGAGUAAUCACCUCUAUGCUCCAGGAACACACAGCUGGCAAAGCUUAACUGAAAGGCCAAGGAAGUGAAGCCCAGGGCUUUCAGAAUGGAAAGAAAACUGCAAUAAACCCAUCCUUCUCCUACUAAGUGGUCUACACAAUGCAUAAGGAUUGUAAUUUGUUGAAUGAAAGUGCUUGGUAUUGAUACAUAUUGCUGAAAGCCAAAAAGAGAGUAGUGGACUGUGAAUAACACAGCAUAAGCCUGCGCAACCUACUAUCUACUAUGUGAAAAAUAACCUCAGCCAUAGUUUGUGACUUGCCAUUUGCUUGACGGUGCACUUCUUUUUUUUUUUUGCAGUCCUAAAACCAAUAAAAAGGAUGUAUUGAAUUUCUCCUAUCCUGUCAGAUGUAGCUGUAAGAGAUGUUCAAUUGGGUAGACUGCAGGCUACAAGCCUGCUACAGCACAAGCCUUAAUUCGCCAGCUGAGGAGUUUCAUCAUGUAUGGAAGCUGCUGAGAAAAGAAGGAGCCACAUUGAAGUUGAGGUCCUGUGUGUUCCUUUCCAGGAAUAAGCCCUAUAGAACACUUGCUUUCCCAAGUAGACUUAAGGGCUAGCUUAUUUGCUAAAUGCAACCUAAGAAAGGAAAAUCCAACAGCUGGAUAGGGGAAAGGAAGAGAAGAGCCAGUUUAUAAAGCUUUCUUUUGCCAAACUUCUCAUAUUAGUGACAGUGUUGUUAUUUAUAUUUUCUUGAACUGGGAAUUUGAAGUACUGUAGUACUGUAAGAUCUAAAAAUAAAGGUGAUAGGGUUUUUUUCCCUUGAUCCUAAACUGGUUAGUUAAGUUGUUGCUGUGAUGUUAAACUAUGAGAACUGAUGGGCAUGUUAAUUGUGUAUGUCUCUCUGUUUCUGGUAUAAAAUACUGUCCUGCAUGAUAGAAGAUGUAAAAAAAAUAUUUCUGAAAUGUUUCUUUUUUUCACCUAUCAUUAAACCAAACUAGUUAUACAAAAAG